CUAAACAUCCAAGACGCAUUUCCGUUUCCGGUGUAAACAAGCGGCUUUAACGAAGAAAUCAAAAACCGUGCUAGUAUUUGUGGUCGUUUCUUAUCGGCUUAAAUGUUUUCAAACAUAAUAACUGAAACGAGAGGCGAAGACACCAUGGUUCGCUACUACUGCACUGCUGGUAAUGGCAUGCAGUCGUUUUUAGUCGAAGAGGUGAAGAAAAAGCUGGCAGCUAGAGACGUUCAUCAAAUUCCUGGAAAGGUGUUGUUCAGCUCCUCUGCUACAAUCCAGCGUGUUUGUGACCUAAAAGCUGCAGAGAGACUUUUCCUUCUUUUAAAGCAAGACUCUCCUGUGGGGAUGUCCACCCACACCAGUCCAGCAAAGACUGCAUCUGUGCUACGAUCCAGACUGUUGGGUGACAGACGUCAGUGGCUCAGUGCUGUAAUGACAUGGAGUCGCCUGCAGAGGGAGCUGGCAGCAAGCAGAAGUGCUGUCACAACAAGCAAUACCCACGGGGUUAGAGAGAAGGGGAGAGGGAGUGAAAGGCAAAGUGAUGAGGGGAAGAAGUGUCACCAAGAGUCCAGGAAACGCUCACAUAGUUUUACAGCAGAGGAGAGCGAUGAAAAGAGACAAAGAGGUAGAGAACAGAUUAGAAGACAUGCACUGGAACUGGAAAAAGAUGAUGAUGUCAAAGAAUCGGAGGAGGUGUGUGCUAAUUAUUCAAAAAAAGACCUGGAGCAAAAUGUGGAAAGCUGUAGCAAGAACAUGAAGAACAUGGAUGACUUGGGAGAAGAUGCUCCUUUGGAAAGCGUGGAAAACGUCUCCUUUAGGAUUAACUGUAAAUGCAGUGGAUCACUGUCUAGAUGCGCGGGUGCACAGGAGGUAAGCAAAGUGAUGGGAGCGGGUCUGAGCAAACUGCUCGGCUGGAAGGCUGACCUGAAGAACCCUAAGCUGGAGAUAAGUGUCUUUCUGAGCGAUGACUACUGCCUGCUGGGAAUUCCACUGACCAGACUUCCACUGGCUAACCGCAGUUAUAUUAAAAGUACAGGGCUGAGGUCUACCAUAGCCUGGGCCAUGGCAUCACUGGCUCAGAUACAGCCAGGUUUUCGCGUAGUUGAUCCGAUGUGUGGGGUGGGAACCAUUUUAAUAGAAGCUGCAAAUGAACACAAGGCUGCCUGCUUCUUGGGUGUGGACAUUGAUGAUGGACAGCUACAGAAGGCUGAUGAGAAUAUUGCAUUUGCGGAGCUUCAAGGCAGGGUACACCUUCUGAAAGCAUCAUCUAAGGCGUUGCCUCUGCCCAGUGCCAGUGUUGACGCCGUUGUCUGUGAUUUGCCAUUUGGCAGAAAGUUUAGCACCAGAGUAAAUAUGGCUGACAACCUCCCACUCAUCCUCAGCGAGAUGGAGAGAGUCCUCUGUGUUGGUGGCACCUUGGUGGUACUCCUGAGUCCUCAGUUGUCUUGUCUCCUGAAAAAACUUCUAUCACACACCCACUCUGGACCAAAGGGCAACAAGGAAGACGAGUCACAGACUGGGAUAAAAAACUGUCUCGUUUCAUCCUCAGAGCAGCAGAUUUCCCAAAUCCAAUCCUCAUCUUCCCAGGAAGCCUUGACUAUUUCGUCUUUGAGACACCAAACGACUCUCAGAGUCAGCUUAGGAGCAAUAGAUGGUCUAAUCCAUAAAUAUAUCAAAACACCUGAUUAGUAUUGAUGGAGAUUACAUUUCUUAUAUUUUAUUACUCUGUGUCAUACACAAUUUAGCUCAUUUUGAAUUGCUGCAUGUUUGUGUUAUGAAAGUAGAAAUAAAAGAUGGUUUAUAAAUUUGAA